AUGAAAGUUGCAAUUAUUUACUAUUCAACCUAUGGUCAUGUGUUGACUUUAGCUAAAGCUGUUCAAAAGGGUAUCAAAGAAACUGGUGCUUCAGCAGAUUUAUUUCAAAUUCCAGAAACUUUGAGUCCUGAAGUUUUACAAAAAAUGCAUGCUCCUGAAAAACCAACAGAUAUUCCAAUUGCAACUUUAGAUACUUUAACAAGCUAUGAUGCAUUUGUAUGUGAAUUUUUACAAUAUCGAUAUUUUAGAUUUAGAUUUAGAUUUAGAUUAAGAUUAUUUACUAACCAAUUAAUAGUUUUUUGCAAUUCCAACAAGAUAUGGUUCCGCACCAGCUCAAUUCUUUGAAUACUUUGCUGCAACUGGUGGUUUAUGGGCUCAAGGUGCUUUAUAUGGUAAACCAGCUGCGUUUGCUGUCAGUACGGGGACAUCUGGAGGGGGACAGGAAGGUAUGUCGAUUAAUUAAUUGACGUUGCUCAACGUUGUUUUAUAGAAAAAAAUUUGACUUCUUCAGUUGUUGCAAAAUUUUAGACUCAAAUUUUUAACGAUCAAUUUGGAUACUAACUUUUAAACCAGUCACCAUAAGAAAUACUUUAUCAUUUUUGGCUCAUCACGGUCUUAUAUAUAUUCCUCUUGGUUAUGCAAAAGCAUUCGCUUUACAAGCCAACAUUGAUGAAGGUAUGUAAUAAUUAUCAUCUGAAAUUAUGAAAAAAAAAAAAAAAAAAAUACUAACUUUGGAAAAGUUCAUGGUGGAUCUCCAUGGGGUGCUGGUACAUUUGCAGGUGGAGAUGGUUCAAGACAACCAUCUAAAUUGGAAUUAGAAAUUGCUACAAUCCAAGGUAAAGAGUUUGCUACAUCUGCUGCAAAGUUUGUUAGUAGUUCAAGUGUUGCAAAAUCUGCUGCUGGUGCUACCAAUUCAAAAUCAACAGCUCCAACAACAAAUGCAAAUAAUAAUGCUACAACUGCUGCUGCUAAUGAUAAGUCAACUGGUGCUACAUCUGAAAAGAAAAGUACUACUGCUGCUCCACCAAGAGCUCAACAAUCUACAAAAGCUCCAGAAUCAACUGAUAAAAGUUCAUGUUCAAAAUGUAUUAUAAUGUAG